GCGCUACAAUCGCUACUGGCACUGCAAAAAGGGUGGUGGACGUAACGAAGUUUAGUCUCGUAUGUGUGUCAAUCAGAAAGUUUUGUAGACCAGUUCUUUCAAAACAUUAACAUUUGUGAAGAGAUGCGCAUGGUAUCUUUUGUACAUGAAUAUUGUAUUUAAGAUAACGUGCAGUUGAAUGGCUUCAAAUGGUCGCAUGAGAAGGUGCAAUGGUACUAGACCAGGCUAUAGAGUGCAUGGAGGAAGGUAUCGUCCAUCGGCAGAACGUGAAAUAAGAGCUGCUAAGCAUCAUUUUCAUUCUUGGGAUUACAUAAAUUCCAUCCUAACAAAUCUUAACAAACUGCGAGAAAAAGAAAAGUUUUGUGAUGUCACUAUUUCUGUCGCCGAUGAAGAAUUUCAUGCACAUCGACUGGUUCUUGCUGCCAGUAGCCCCUACUUUGAAGCAAUGUUUAGUGGUGGGUUGGCAGAAGAGCAAGAUAAACGUGUUGAAAUCCAAGGCAUCUCAUCCUUGGUAUUUAAUGAAUUGUUGAAGUUCAUCUAUUCUGGGGAAAUUAAGAUUAUUCAAGAAAAUGUUCAGGAUUUGCUUGCUGCUGCAAACAUGUUGGAAAUAUCACAGGUGGUUUCUGCUUGUUGUUCUUUCCUGCAGAAGGAAUUACACCCAUCAAACUGUGUAGGUAUAUGUCAGUUUGCUGAGCUCCAUGCCUGCACAAACUUGAAACUUGAGGCCAAGAGGUACAUUGAGAGAAAUUUCAUCGAGGUUAUCCAGGAAGACGAGUUUUGUGAACUGCCAAAGGAUUCCCUAAAAAGCUUUUUGAGGAGUGAAGGCUUAAACAUUGACAGUGAGUUUCAGGUUUUCCAAGCUACCAUGAAGUGGAUACUUCAUGACGUUACACAUCGACAAAAGUAUGUCACUGAGCUUUUGGAGGCUGUUCGUUUGCCUGUUAUCUCCAUAAAACAGCUAGAUGCUUAUGCUCAAGAGUGUCCAGAUCUAAAUCUGAAAGUUACCUUGUUAAAAUCUCUUCAAAAUCACAGAAUGGAAAUGAGAUUAGUAGAAGCAAAACGGCGUUUAGGUCAAGUUUAUGAUGUUCGUCUCCAGCCUCGAAUGUGUGCAAAGAAAUGUGUGUAUGUGUUAGGUGGUUAUAAUCGUGAAUUAGGAAGAAGGUGGAAUGAAAGUACCACACUAGUAACUGUUGAACGAUUGGAAACAUUUAAAUGUCAAUGGAAAACGUUAUCACCAAUGCUUCAUUCUCGUAGUGGACAUGGUGUUGCAGUACUUAAUAACUUGAUUUAUGUCAUAGGUGGUGAGAGUGAUUGUUUAAUAUUUAGUAAUGGAGAAGUUUAUGAUCCAGUGUCCAAUCAGUGGUCCAUGAUUUGUAGUAUGAACCAGCCUAGAUGUGCUUUAGGUACCUGUGCUCUGAAUGGCUACUUGUAUGCCCUUGGAGGAUGGGUGGGAGCUGAGAUAGGAGAUACAAUGGAACAGUAUGAUCCUCUCCAAAAUAAAUGGACUAUUGUUGGAAAAAUGAGCAUUCCCAGAUAUGCAAUGGGUGUAGUUGCUUAUCAAGGAUUAAUUUACAUAAUUGGUGGGCUAAGUGCUUUGAGUACAGAGCUAGACCUAGUUGAAAGUUUCAAUCCCGUUACUGGAGAGUGGAAUCGUCUUGCACCCCUGAGUACUCGAUGUGCCUAUGUUGGAGUUGCCGUAUUACAUGAUCAGAUAUAUACCGUUGGAGGGACCAAUAACCGUCAUGCAGCACUACGGACAGUGGAGCGUUAUUCCAUUGAAGAGAACAAAUGGACUGAAGUUACUUCAGUCAAAACUGCACGGGCAGGUGCGUCGGUUAUCUCAGUCAAUGGACGGCUUCUUGUUAUUGGAGGGCGUACAUCUAGUGAUGAGUUUUCUGCUCCAGUGACUCUUAACACUGUUGAAGUUUAUGACCCCGAGACCAAUUCAUGGACAGAGAGUACUCGCAUGCCGACCAGCCGAUGUGAAGCAGGAAUUGCAGUGCUCUGAUAAUUGGCUAACCAUCAUAAAGCAUGAAUCAAAAUGUUUGGAAACGAACAACGAAAGUUCUCCAUUAGUGCUAUCUCAUUGAAAUCAGUACCUUGAAGAAAAAUAAAACUAAUUCUUAAGUUAUGACUUUCAGUUCAAGCUUUAGAAUUUAAUUUCUAUGAAUCAGAAUAAACCACUGAACUUAAGCUUUUACCUACGUGUACUACCUAACUUGUAGCAUUUUUCACUUUCAUCUCUAUAAUAUUUGAAAGAUGGAAAAGUUAAAGGAAUAUUGAGAAAAUGCAUGAAGUUUGCCACCAAACAUAACACAUUAAUUCAGGAGUGUACAACUGAAACUCGUUUAAUAAUCCUCUUUAUAAAUGUUAAUUUUAUUUAUGCCGUAGUACACACUUCAUUUCUUUCACUGCCAACACCCAGGUAGAACCAACAUUAGACAUGAGAAAAUGUCAGUUAAAUUAUUCACAAGACUUGAUGUGUCAAUUUUUUUACAAAAUGGUUAAUAUUUAUUUCCAUUACGUGUUUACACAAUUUUGAUGCAUUGGAUGGAAAUUAAUGUGAAUAAUUUCUAAAGGCAAUGGAGUUUCUUGAAAACUAGUUUUUACUGUUACUUUGAUGAAAUUUUGGAAAACGUGUUACGUGAAGCAUGAGUUUGUGGGAUAGUAACAUUACAGUAUCAUUAAUUACAUUUAUAUCGUGAAUAAUGACGUAUCUUUGAAAGAUGCAUCACUGUCAUAACUAUAAAAAAAAAUUUUAUCUGUAAAACUUAAAUUACUUGUGCCUUGUUAAUUCAAGUACAUAUUAUGUUUUUGUUUUGGGAAUAUUUUUAAUUAUUUUAGUACUCUCGUGUUACCUGUACUGAAAGUUUACAAUAAUUGUAAUAAUACAGAGAAUGUGAACAUUCUGUAUUAAAAGGUUGGAAGACAACAUUGUUUGUAAUAGUUCUAGGUUUGCACUAUUGGAUGGCAAGUUGGUAAUAUAGGGCCACUGGAUGUUUCAUGUAACUUGUCAAUUAGCUGGUAUAGGUGGGAAUACACAGCUGCAUUUUAUACUGUGUAAUAUUGAAAAGCUUUGUAUCUUGUAUAGAAGGCCAUGUUUGUAAUACAAAAAAAAAAUGUAAAUGUGUGUGUCAACAUGCAACUUGGUUUUGUAACCUGCGUGUUUUACUUUUCUAAUUGGGUAUAAGGCUAAAGGGGGAAAAAAAAAUAUUAUUUUAAGUGUUUACAAGUUUAUCAGAUGAAGAUUCAUACUUUGAAUGAAUAGGUUUUGCAGACUAGUUUAUUUGAGCAUCCAAUUAAAAGUGCUAUUGGAAUUAUGAAAUCAUUGUUUUAUAUAUCUUCAUUAAUACAAAUUAGAGUAAGCUCUUUGGUUAUUUAAUGACCCAGUUAUCUGUAAUAUUGAUUCAGUUAUUUUACAUUAUCAUAAGUACAAGCAUGGUCAAGUUGCAAUAAAACUGGAGGUUUAUUUAAUAUUACAAAUCUACUUAAGUAGCCUGUGAGUGAGUUUUAUGUUAGUAGUAGUAUGUAGGUGAUAGGUGGAUGUAUGCAUACAUUAAACCUAACGGGACUGACAAAAAGUAUGUAAUAUUAAAAGUUUGAACUUCAAAUGCAUGUUUGAUCUUUCAUUUUUGCAUGACUUCUGCAAGUUUUCUGUUUCCCACA